AUGUCUGACUCUUCCUACGGAUAUGUUCACUUUAGCAACGACAACCAGGCCCAGUAUAUAGAUGAGUGGAAGGAUUAUUACAUACUGUAUGAUGAUAUCGAUACCACAACUCUAAUGGAGGCCACAGCCAAUGUAUUCCCUCAAUUUCUAUUUGAAGAAGAUGAAGAUGGUGCCAUACCCCUCAACUCGUCAACCUUUGGUGCCAGAUUGUACAAGAAUAAGAACUCGCUCAAGCUGAAGGCUUGGAGUGAUCUCAACGUCGAUAGCUUGAGAAUCUCACCACUUACUAAGAGGUUACCUGAUGGUACCAUUUUAAACUCACUACAUUUCGAUCAAGUUGACGAUGCCGAUGUCAGCAUUGGAGAUUUUCUUUCCAAUGGAUAUAAUACCGAGUUGACAAAACUAAAUCCUGAUGUUUCAGAAGUGUCGCUCACUCAUGAUGAUAAUUGGCUCAAUACCUCGUCUGACUUUCCCACUCAUCAUACAUUCAGCAACAUAAAGCUACGUUCUAAUAGCACCACUCAAGUCAACCAGCUGAACCCGGCGAUAAUACAAACUCCCAGAGUUGGAAGAACUCGCCAACCCUCUCAGGAUAAGUUCCAGACUCCGAUUACUCGAAUUGUGAGAUAG